AUCGACUCUUGAUGUUUUUUAUUAAUUUUUUUAUUUUACACUUAUAAAACAAAGAAAAUGUGAUUUCUAAUAUAUUUCAUUAAAAUUUUAAUGUUAAUUCAUUUUACAUUGUAUUCAACACAUGUUUCCAUUCGAAGUUUUUUUCAUGGGAAAAAUUUUGUGGUGUUUUCAUGUUCACGAUUAUCCCAUUUGGACAUUUUAAGGGAUUUUAUGUGCGGGCUGUUUGACAUGAUGCAAGACGUAUUCAUGGACAUAACGAACAGAAGUAGGAAGAAGGUGAAGAGCUCCAAAUCGUCGAAAGCUGGACUAUCGUUUCCCGUGGGUCGUAUCCAUCGCUACCUGAGGAAGGGGAAAUACGCCAAUAGAAUAAGUCCUUCUGCCUCCGUCUACAUGACGGCCGUCAUGGAGUAUCUGGUCUACGAGCUCUUCUCGCUUGCUGGUAGUGAGGCGAGGAUCGCCAAGAAGUCGAGGAUCAUCCCCAGACAUCUUCUUCUGGCCAUAGUCAAGGACGAGGAGAUGAAGAAGCUUUUGACCAAGACUGUGCUUAGUCAGGGUGGGGUCGAUACGUCCAUCCAGAACGCUCUUAAUCUGUCUGUUAAAUAGGAUUCGGUUCGUUGAACAUAUACAGGGUUACAGUUAUAAGUUCCUUAGUACCCAGUCAAUGUGAACAACUAUUAGGAACAAUAAAAACCUUUAUUGCUCAA